GGCCAUUAUUCCUCCACGUGGCAGUUAGAUCGCGUUCUUAUAGCAUUUGAUCCGACGGUAAUCCCAUAUUCUCAUCCCAAUUCCCUCCAUCAAAACCUUUUCCGGUCAACUUAUUCACUUUUUCCGGUCAUCGGAUGUCUCAAUUCACCGUCCUUUCACUCACGGCGUUUGAUUAGAAGUAUAGUUUUCUGUUUUCUGUAUUCAAAAUUGUUGAAUCUGAGGUCAUUUUGUCAGUUUCCGGUUGAUGAUCGUCGAUCGAUACGUGUUCCGGUCAUCGGAUGUCGCAAUUAACCGUCGUUUCACUCACUGCGUUUGCUUAAAAGUAUAGAUUUGUGUUUUCUGUAUUCAAAACUGUUAAAUCGGAGGUGAUUUUGUCAGUUUCUGUUUGAAUUUGUGCUUCGCUGAUGCCUGAUGAUUGACACGUGUUCCGGUCAUCGGAUGUUCAAUUAACCGUCGUUUCACUCACGGCGUCUGCUUAGAGCUAUAGAUUUGUAUCAUCCGUGUCAAAUUCUCGUUAACCAGAGGUAUUUUAUCAGAAGGUUCUUAUUGAAUUUGAUGAUCAAGACUUGCAAUCGAAAAACUAUACAAUUAUGCGUGUUUUAGCCGUAAAUUCGACCUAAAUAUAGAAAUAUCUUCUGUUUUUUUGAGCAAAAUCAAGUGCGAAAGUGUUUUUGAAUCUAGAAUUUCGAUCUAGAAAGUUCAUCGCUUAUUUCAGCAGGAUCCGAUGAAUUUGAGCUUCACAGAUGAUGAACACUUGUGAUUCAUCAAUUAUCUCUGCUUCGGAGAUAUAAUCGUUAGCAGAAUUCAAGUGUUUGAUUGUUUUCUCACAGAAUUUCAUCUAGAAGAAAGUUCAUCGGUGAUUAUUGUGAUAUCAUCCAGUCAAAACCCUAGGUUUUCAUAUAACCGUCUACAAAAUUCAAUUGCAAGUGUUUUUUAACAUAAUUUAUCAGUGAUACUGUAAUAGCAUCGAGUCAAAACCCUAGGAUUUGAUACAAUAGUCUGCAGAAUUCAAGUACAAUUGACAUCAUCAAAUCAAAACCCUAGGGUUUCAACUUUGAACUUUGAACCGUACGCGACGGAACAAUGGCGGAUUCCGACAACGAAUCCGGCGGAGGCCACAACGAUCACUCACUCCGAGAACAAGACCGGUUUCUUCCGAUAGCUAACGUAAGCCGGAUCAUGAAAAAAGCGUUACCGGCGAACGCAAAGAUCUCAAAGGACGCAAAGGAGACAGUGCAGGAGUGUGUAUCGGAGUUCAUCAGUUUCAUCACCGGCGAAGCUUCCGAUAAGUGUCAGCGAGAGAAACGGAAGACGAUCAACGGUGACGAUUUGCUCUGGGCGAUGACGACGUUAGGGUUUGAGGAUUACGUUGAGCCGUUAAAGGUGUAUUUGCAGAGGUUUAGAGAUAUGGAAGGGGAGAAGACGGCGUUAGCUGGACGUCAGGGUGGUGAAAAAGAAACCGGAAAUGGCAGUGUUGUAAAUAUUGGGAAUAAUAAUCAUAAUGGAGAAGGUGUGUAUGGGGCCCAUCAUCAUCAAGGGGGACAGAUGUAUGGGUCGGGUAGUUAUUACCAAAUGGGCCCUAGCCCGUCUGGGAAAAUCGGUUCGGGUUAUCCGGGGUCUGGCCCAGUAAAUGGAAGGCCCAGAUAGAUAGUCCACUGGGUCGGGUAGAUAUUAUCAAAUGGGUCCAAACCCGUAUGGGAAAAGUGGUUUGAUUUAUCCGGGGUUUGGCCCAUAUAGAUAGUGUGGACUGUUGAAUAGUUAAUGUUUAAAGUUAAAGCGUUAUUUACCUUUUAUUUGAUUAUUUAUUAGUGAAAUAAAUAGUUUUAAAUAAAGAGUUUUAGCUAUUGUUUGUUUU